AUGUUUUCCACGAUCUUCCUUCUCGCUGCAGCAGUAGCAUCAGUAACAGCUCUUCCUCAAAGCGGAGACCCAGUCGACAAUGGCCCAAUUUCUGGCCCUUUCCUACCGAACGGCACAGGGCCUGGAGACUGCACCUCAGAAUACCGUGUCGCAGGCGCCCAACAAGUUGUGUUCGCAUACAAUCUCAUUCAGCCAUUUGAGUCCGAAGAAGCAUUCCAACGUGUACCCUUCCGAGACGACUGUCAAAUACAAAUAAACCCCAACGGCGGCCCCGCAAUUCCCGUAGCAGUCGACCGAACCACAUCCUACGACUUCGCCGUUGCAACUCGCCAAGUCUUCUCCCGCGUAACAGGUCUCUACACAGAUUUCGAUAAUGGAACGACAAUCAUCACCACGAACGUCACACUCGGAGUGUUACAUGGUCUCGCCCUUCCGAUCACUUUCAGCGCGGAUGUAUACUUGACCUAUGAUCUUUCGCAAUGUCUGAUUGAGAAUGUGCAAGCCUUUGCUACGAUACCGACGCAGAUUGCGGGGAUUGACAUCCAGCCGCCGAUUUUGGAUAUGUUGCUGGGGGCGAGCGAGCUUUAUGAUGGAGAGAAUUUGCCUUUUUAG